AUGGCCCAAGGCGACGACGAGCAGUACUGCACGAAAAAAUUGAAGCAGUCGAGAGACAGGGUCGACUGGGACAAGAAGAACCAGCGCGAGGCGUUUCACCGCGAAGUCUAUCUUCUGGUGGAGAACUGGCACGGACAACUUCCCGAUUUAAGGGACAUCUUUAAGUCCGACGAUAUCGACUUUCUUGUCCGCAAGGACUCCAGCUUCACCGGUCACGGCUCGAUAAAAUGUCCCAUCGUCGACUUCGUGAUCUCGACCGGCUACAAGGACGUGCGAAAUCGUCGAGUCGGGACCACCGCGGUGCAUUACCUGAGGGCACAGCACCGCGAUCACCUGGAGAGCUGCGAGGACUGCCGCAGCAAAACCCCCGAUGAUAGCAACGUCGACAGCGUGAUGAGCCGACUGUUCGAGAUCUACGAAGGGCCGAACCACGAGGACACGACGUGCUUAACGCAUUUUCACGUGGCCUGCGAGUACGGCCUGUACGGCGUCGUCGAGAGCUUCCUCGAGCGCUUCGAUCCGUUCUGGUUGCUGGAUCAGACGUGGCCGGUAACGUGGGACACGGCGCUGCAUCUGGCACUGCUGCGCGAUAGGCGGCGAGUCGCCGAGAUGCUGCUCAAACGCGGCAAUGCCAAUCCGACUUAUGACAACAAGAAUGGAAUGACGGCCCUGCAUAUAGUUUGUCAAAGAAAUUACGACGUGGACUUCGUGAGGAUGCUGUUCGAGAUCGACGAAGAGAAAAAUUGGCAGAUGCAGGUAGACGCCCGGGACAAGGAGGGCAAUACACCGUUGCACUUGGCUUUGAUCAAUCCAGGGAGUGAGUCGGCCGAGCUGCUGCUGUCGAGGGGCGCCAAUCCGACAUUGGCCAACAAAAAAAGAGAGACUCCGCUGCACUUGGCCCUGAGGCACGGCAACGUGUCGUUCGCCGCGUUGCUGCUGCGCCAGAACGGCGCCGACCCGCUCGCAGCCGACGAGAAGGGCGAGAGGCCGCUGGACAUCGUCUGUCGGAGAUAUCGCGACAGCCAAUCGCUCGAGAAGUUUUUCGGGGACCGCAGCGAACGAAAGCCAUUGGCGAUCAAGAGUCGGGUCGACGAAGAGGGCAACACGCCGCUGCAUCUGGCGCUCCGCCAGAGAAACAUCGAGUUCGCCAAGCUGCUGCUGGACCGAGACGGCGCCGAGCUCGCGGUUUGCAACUGGAGGGGCACGACGCCGCUGCAUCUCGUCUGCCAGAUGAGGUAUCCCGUCGACGUCACGGAGAGGCUGCUGUUCGAUCACCCUGUGAACGAGCAACGACCGACGAAAGUCGACGCGCUGGACGGCGAGGGCAAGACGCCGCUGCACUACGCCCUCGUCGAGGAGGACACGGCGAUGGUCCAGCUGCUGCUGAGACGGGGCGCUGAUCCGAGCUUGGCUCUGCACGUCGUCUGCGAGAAAAGGUUCACGCCCCAGCUGACCGAGACGCUGUUCAAGCGCUUGAACGAGCUGAACCGGAGACAAUUGGCGGGGCGGAUCGACGCUCGGGACGAGAAGGGCAAAACGCCGCUGCACUUGGCAUUGCGCAACAACUACCUGGACGUGGCCAAGUGGCUGCUCGGACGAAAGGCCGACCCGAGCAAGGCCGAGAAGCACGGACUGAUUCCUCUGCACGUGGUGUGCCGGGUGAGUCCCGCCGACGAAGACUUGGCCAAGUUAUUCCUCAAGCGGGCCGGCAGAGGGCUUCGAGUCGACCGCCGAAACAAGGAGGGCAACACAGCGCUGCACUUGGCUCUGAAGAACGACGACAAGAGGAUGGCCAAGAAGCUGCUGACACGAUGGGCGGAUCCCAAUUUAGUCGGUGCAGCAGGAGAGACGCCGCUGCACGUCGUCUGCGAGAGAAACGACGACGUGGGUGUCGAGUUGGCCGAGACGCUGAUCAAGUACGCCAAACGAUUGCAGGUCGACGCCGUAGGUAAGCUGGGCCAGACGCCGCUGCACCUGGCCCUGCGCCACGGCAAAAAGAGGUUGGUCCAGCUGCUGCUCAAGGCGGGCGCCGAUCUCGACAAGCCCGACGCCGAGGGCGAGACCGCGCUGCACAUCGCCUGCCAGAAAUACGACGACGACCACGACAUCCUGAAGAUGGUACUCUCGAAGGGCAGCAAGAGCUCGCGGCUCGACGCCCGGAACAAGUGGGGCGACACGCCGCUGCAUCUGGCGCUGCGCAACGGCAGAAGGAGGGCCACCGAGUGGCUGUUGAGGCGGGGCGCCGACCCCAACGCGGCCAACGAGCGGGGCCAGACACCCCUGCACGCCAUGAACCAGCCGAGAACCCGCGACGAUCGCUUGGUCAAGAUGUUCUUCAAGCAGCUCGGCCGCGGGCAGCAGCUGCGCAUCGACGCCCGGGAUCACGAGGACAGCUCGACGCCGCUGCACUGGGCGGUGCGCGGGGGACACCGGAAGGCCCUGAAGCUGCUGCUGAACAAGGGCGCUGAUCCGAACGCGGUGGACGCCCGCGGCGCGACUCCGCUGCACCACAUCUGCGAGGAUCACCACGAGCUGGCCGGCUCGUUCCUCGGCCGCUGCGAGCGACUGAAGGCGCCCGUGCGGAUGAACGAGCGCGACACGGAGGGCAACGCGCCGCUGCAUCUGGCCCUGCGCAAGGCCGGCAGGGAGACGAUGGAGCUGCUGCUACGCCGCGGGGCCGACCCGAGUCUGGCCAACGCCAAGGGCGAGACUCCGCUGAUGACGAUGAUCCGGGAGAAUCCCGAGGUCGAGCUGAUCGAGGCGCUGCUGGAGUUCAGCGACCAAAAGUUCAAGCCGGUGCGGAUGAACGAUCGAGACCGCGAGGGCAACUCGCCGCUGCACUUGGCGCUGCUGCGCAAUUAUAACGAUAGUUGCGAGUCGUGGAGGAAGCUGGUCGAGCUGCUGCUGAGGGCAGGUGCGGAUCCGAAUUUGGCCAACGAGGAGGGCCGGACGCCGCUGCAUCUCGUCUGCGAGAGACACCGCCGGGACCUGCUGGAGAUCGUGUUCGAUCGGUACGACGGUCAGGUGCGGGUGAACGCCCGGGACAAGAAGGGCAAUACGGCGCUACACGUGGCCGCCGCCGCCGACAGCAGCAGAGACCUGAUUGAGUUUCUGCUCGGUAAGGGAGCCGACCCGUCGAUAGCCAACGCGGAGGGCGCGACGCCGCUGCACAUCGUCUGCCGGGGAUAUCGCGACGUCGACUCGGCCCGGAUGCUGUUCGAGCGCUGCGACAAGAAGAAACUGCUGGCGCGCGACGACGAGGGCAACGCGCCGCUGCAUCUGGCGCUGCAGUUCGGUGGCCGCGCCGACGCCAAGCGCCUGGUGAGGCUGCUGCUGGCCAGAGGCGCCGACCCCAACGAGGCCAAUGGCGAGGAGGGCGCCACUCCGGUGCACCUCGUCUGCAAGAGAUACCGCGACCCCCAACUGGUGGAGGCGUUCUUCACGAUGUGCGACGAUUUGCACAAGCGGCUGCGCUUCGACGCCCGUGACAAGAUGGGCGAUACGCCGCUGCACCUGGCCUUGGUGUGGGCCAACCAGAGGGCCACGGAGAUGAUGCUGCGGAGAGGCGCCGAUCCGAACCAGGUCAACGAGGCGGGCGAGACGCCUCUGCACGUCAUGAGCAAGGACCGCUACUACGAGGACUCGAUGAAGAUGUUUCUUAGGAUCUGCGACGAGAUGGGUCGCGAGGUUAGGGUCAACGGCAGGGAUAUGUGGGGCAACGCAGCGCUGCACUUGGCUCUGUCUUGUGGCGCCGGAAGCUCGGUCGAAGCGCUGCUGAGGCGGGGCGCCGACCCCAACACGACCAACGCCCGAGGACUGACGGCCGUGCAAAUUUGCCUCGAUAACGAAAACGACGCCGAAAACUUGCUGGAGCUGCUGUUCGAGAUCAGCGACGACUUCGAUCGGACGGUAAAAGUCGAUGUCCGGGACAAGUUGGGUCGAACGCCGCUCCAAUUGGCCGUGGCGAGUCUCUCGCCGCGGGCCGUGGAGCUGCUCCUGAAUCACGGCGCUGAUGUGUCGAGCUUCGUUUUCCCCACCCAGACUUUUGGCCGGAAAUUUCGACGCUGCGUCGGCUACGAGACCAAUAGUUUGAGAUUCAGACUGGUCGCGGGAGCUCUGGGCUGCGUCGAACACCUGGAGACGAGGGGAUACGAGCUGAAGCGCGACGCGACCCGAGCCAUCGUGCAAUUUUUCUCGAGGCACCGAUUGUUCGACGAGUCGUGGUCGUUGUCGUCGGGCUACAGGUACAACGAGGGCUGGUUCGCGAGAAAGGGAAAAUCGAUCAUGAUAAAGCCGAGCCUGUCGCUCUACGACGCGCACCGGUUGCGGGCCGAGGAGCUUCCGAGAGCACUGACUCACGCGGACCUCUUCGAGCUGGUGCGAUCGGAAAAAUUCCGCGAGCUCUUCCACAAGAGGGCUAGCAUCUACCUGGUGGAUCUGUUCGAGAGGAUGGCGAGGGAAUUUUUAAUGCGAUGGGCGCUGGAUGCUUUCGCGGAGCUGACUCGAGGCCGCUUGCUGCUCUAUUGGCCGCUGCAUCUCGUCUGCGAGAGACACCGCCGGGACCUGCUGGAGAUCGUGUUCGAUCGGUACGACGGUCAGGUGCGGGUGAACGCCCGGGACAAGAAGGGCAAUACGGCGCUACACGUGGCCGCCGCCGCCGACAGCAGCAGAGACCUGAUCGAGUUUUUGCUCGGUAAGGGAGCCGACCCGUCGAUAGUCAACGCGGAGGGCGCGACGCCGCUGCACAUCGUCUGCCGGGGAUCCCGGAAGAACGUAGUUAUGUAUCUUAUGUCUAAUGUUAUUUAA